UUAAACUUUUUUGGGAUUGCAGAAGUACCUGGAUUAAGAGUACGAUCAAGAGAAAUAAAAUUAAGGAACUCAAAGAAAUGGGCCAAGAGUAGAGGAAGGAGUUGAAGGACAAUGGCGCAAUCCUUGCUUUCAUCCUUCCCCGUUCUUUUUGUUUUAUUUUCCGGAGUAUAUUUGUUUGAGUGCAAUUCUGUCUAACGUCGUAUUCAAACGCCAUUAAUAAUCCCUUUCUAAAAGACCCUUUCGCUCUUUCUCUCUCUACCUCCCUUCUUUUACCUUCUUCUCUCUCUAGUGCCCACCAUUCAUCCAAUCUUUUGAAACCGAUGGCAAUGGUUGCCUGAGUUAAUUGCCUGUCCUUCCUUCGUAGAAAGAGGGGGAGAGCUUGAAGGCUUACCAGUUUAUUAACCAGCAAGCUGCAACCUUUUUAAAAAAAAACUGGCUUUUUUUCAGGCAGCCGCAAGGGAAGACGCACAAGAAGCCCGACUCCAGUUGUUGAGUCUGAGCAAGGGAGGCGAGCAUGAUGGAGAGCAAGGAGAAGAUGGGAAGGGGAAAGAUAGAGAUCAAGAGGAUAGAGAACACUACGAACAGACAAGUCACCUUCUGUAAGCGUCGCAAUGGCCUUCUCAAGAAGGCUUACGAGCUCUCGGUCCUCUGCGAUGCUGAAGUAGCCCUUAUCAUCUUCUCCAGCCGUGGCCGCCUCUAUGAAUAUGCCAAUAACAG